AUGGCCCUCUCCUCCCCGGGAACCCUGAGCCUGGAAACCCUGGAUGACUCGGACCCUGACCCAGCCCCGCUGCUGGAUGGGGAGCCGUGGCCCCCGCCCUGUGAAAUCAUCCUGGACCCGGAAGCAGAGCACAGCAUGGACGUCAUCCUGGUGGGCUCCAGCGAGCGGUCAUCCCCACCGUCACCCAGGCUCCGCAGAGAUCUUAUUGCAUAUGAAGUCAAGGUUAAGCAGCGAGACAUAGAAGACAUGUGUAUCUGCUGUGGAAGUUUCCAGGUGCACACGCAGCACCCUCUGUUUGAGGGAGGGAUGUGCACGCCGUGCAAGGACAAGUUCCUGGAGUGCCUCUUCUUGUACGACGAGGACGGGUACCAGUCCUACUGCUCCAUAUGCUGUGCGGGAGAGACGCUGCUCAUCUGCGAAAACCCCGACUGCACGCGGUGCUACUGUUUCGAGUGUGUCGACAGCCUGGUGGGCCCCGGGGCCUCGGGGAAAGUGCAAGCCAUGAGUAACUGGGUCUGCUUCCUGUGCCUGCCCUUCCCCCGCAGUGGGCUGCUGCAGAGGAGGAAGAAGUGGCGGGGGUGGCUGAAGGCCUUCUGCGACCGGGAGUCGGAGAGUCCCCUUGAGAUGUACAAAACUGUGCCCGUGUGGAAGAGAGAGCCCGUCCGGGUGCUGUCCCUUUUUGGGAACAUCAAGAAAGAGCUGAUGAGUUUGGGCUUUUUGGAAUAUGGUUCUGAGCUGGGAAAACUGAAGCAUUUGGAUGAUGUCACCAACGUAGUGAGGAGGGACGUGGAAGGAUGGGGCCCCUUCGACCUCGCCUACGGCUCUACGCCCCCGCUGGGCCACGCCUGCGACCAUCCCCCAGCGUGGUACCUGUACCAGUUCCACCGCAUCCUGCAGUACGCGAGGCCCCGGCCAGGCAGCCCCCAGCCCUUCUUCUGGAUGUUCGUGGACAACCUGGUGCUGACCAAGGAUGACCGCAUCGUGGCCACUCGCUUUCUGGAGGCUGACCCGGUGACCAUCCAGGACGUCUAUGGCAGUACCAUCCAGAAUGCCGUGCACGUGUGGAGCAAUAUCCCCGCCGUGAAGAGCAGGCAUUCGGCUCUGGAUUCCCAGGAGGAAUUAUCCCUGCUGGCUCAGGACAGGCAGAGAGCAAAGCCCCCCACCCAGGGCCCAGCCAUGCUGGUGAAGAAUUGUUUUCUCCCCCUGAGAGAAUAUUUCAAGUAUUUUUCAACAGAACUCACUUCCUCUUUAUAA